UUUUAUGAAAAAACUUCUGGUCUUUCUACAGGUUUUGGCAAAUUUAAUAUACUCUUAAUCAUAUAUUCCGGUGUCGUGCUCAACACUGUGAUUCUCGAAGCGGUGGGCGUUAGCUUUGCCCUGCCCGUCUUAGAAUGUGAUCUGAAUCUAUCGCACAGCGAGCAAGGUAUACUAGGCGCAGUUUCUUUUGCCGGCGUCAUUGCGAGUUCACACUUUUGGGGAUUUCUAGCUGAUACAUAAGGUCGCAAGCGGACAAUGCAACCGGCAUUAAUUCUGGGAUUUGUCGUUACUGCCUUCUCAGCGUUUUCGCCAAAUUUCGUGACCUUCGCUUUGCUGCGCUUUCUAAAUGGCUUACUCCUCUCGGCAUGUUCCGCGACGACUUUUACUUACUUUGGAGAAUUCCAUUGUCAAAAAGAUCGCAGUCGUGCAAUGAUUGGCGGUAGUUUCAUAAGUGCGGUCGCUUCUAUAUCGCUUCCCUUCAUGGCAGCGAUCUUCAUCAAUCAAGACUUUGAAGUCUACAUGCCAUUCAUAAAUAUAGUUUUCAAGCCGUGGCGUUCGUACUUCCUGGCCUUCGGUGUGCCCGGAUUCAUUUGUGGUUUGAUAAUGUUUUUCUUGCCGGAGAGUCCGAAGUAUUUACUAUCUUUCGGAAAACCAGAAGAAGCUAUAGAAGUAUUAAAACUCAAAUACCGGGACGCUCAUGGCGUAUACAUGUGGUUCCCCUAUAUUCUAAAUAGCACAAUGCAAUAUACCGAGAAGUUUGCCGAACCGAAGCGCAUUUGUGAUAUUAUCAAAUUUGUAAUAUCAACCUAUGUUCAUUCCUUCUUCCUGGAAAUUAUAUAUGUGUCUAUACUGAUGAUUAUUAUGUUUUUCAUUAGUAGAAUUGGACGUAAACCCAUGCUUUUCAUAAAUCUUUUGAAUUGUGGAGUUUGUGGCAUACUAGCAUUUACCAUAAAAAUUCCCCUGCUGGGCAUUUAUCUCUUGGUCAUUCAGCUUUGCUGCGGUUGUGUCAUAUCCGUGGUCAAUGCCAUUGUUGUCGAAAUAUUCCCAACAAAUUUGAGGGGUAUGGCCGUUUGCAUAUCUCUUAUGAGCGGACGUAUUGGAAGCGUCAUGGGAUCCAAUAUUUUAGGUUUACUCAUUGAAACACUUUGCGAGAUCGCGCUUUUUAAUCCAGUUGUAGCACUAAUUAUUGCGGGCGCUUUAGGAUUCCUUUUGCAAAGUGCAAACCGUCAAGUUGCUAAGGCAAAAGAUCUGGAGAAUAACUCAUAGCUUACCUAUUAACUCCGUCGUUUUUUUACGACAGAUACAAAUUUUGUUUGAAAUAUAAAAUAAAUUAAUUUAAGAAACAGAGUAAAAAUUAGUUUGUUAAUCAUUUACUGUGUAAAUAUAUUUAAGAAUAAAAAAAAAAUUAUAUUUUUCCCAAUUAAAGCGUUGGUUGUAAAAGUUAUUU